AUGAAGACAUUACUCCUGCUGUACUGGCUUGGGGUGUUUCUGUCCUGUUCUGGACACAUCCAGGAUGAGCACCCCCAAUAUCACAGCACCCCAGAUGUGGUGAUUCCCGUGAGGAUAACUGGCACUGCUGGAGGCAUGAAACCUCCAGGCUGGCUCUCCUAUGUCCUGCACUUUGGGGGCCAGAAACACAUUAUCCACAUAAAGGUGAAGAAACUUUUGAUUUCCAAACACCUCCCUGUGUUCACCUAUACAGACCAAGGUGCUAUCCUUGAAGACCAGCCUUUUGUACAGAAUAACUGCUACUAUCAUGGUUAUGUGGAAGGGGACUCAGAAUCCCUGGUUUCCCUCAGUACCUGUUUUGGGGGAUUUCAAGGAAUACUACAGAUAAAUGACAUUGCUUAUGAAAUCAAGCCCCUAGCAUUUUCUACCACAUUUGAACAUCUGGUGUAUAAGAUGGACAAUGAGGAAAAACAAUUUCCAACCAUGAGAUCCGGAUUGAUGCAAAAUGAAAUAACAUGUCAAAUUGAAUUUGAAGAAAUUGAUAAUUCCACUCUGAAGCAAAGUUCUUAUGAGGGCUGGUGGAUCCAUUUUAAGAUUAUUGAAAUUGUUGUUGUGAUUGAUAAUUAUCUAUACAUUCAUUAUGAAAGGAAUGAGUCAAAGUUGCUGGAGGAUCUAUAUGUCAUUGUUAAUGUAGUGGAUUCCGUCUUCGAUGUACUUGGUGUGAAGGUGUUAUUAUUUGGUUUGGAGAUCUGGACUAACAAAAAUCCCAUUGUAGUAGAUGACGUAAGGAAAUCUGCGUACCUAUUUUGCAAGUGGAAGUUGGAAAACAUUAAUCCCCGGCUACAACCUGAUGCCACACAUCUUUUUACAAAUCUAGGAUUAAGAGGGUUAAGUGGCUUAGCAGUGCAGGGAGGAAUGUGCAUACCACAGCGUAGUUGUGCAAUUGUUACUUUCCUGAACAAAACUUUGGGCCCUUUUGCAAUUGCAGUGACUCAUCAUCUAGGUCAUAAUUUGGGCAUGAGCCAUGAUAUUUAUCCAUGUAGGUGUUCACAUCAUGUAUGCAUAAUGCAUGAAUUUAACCCACUAGUAACUAAAUUUAGCAAUUGCAGUUAUGGUUCUUUUUGGUCUACUACAGGGCGGUCAAGGUGUUUGAUUGAACAUCUAUACACAAAGGACAUCUUUAGUGUGAAGCGCUGUGGGAAUGGUGUUGUUGAAGAAGAAGAGGAAUGUGACUGUGGACCUUUAAAGCGUUGCGCCAAAGAUCCCUGCUGUCUGCCAAACUGCACUCUGACUGAUGGCUCUACCUGUGCUUUUGGACUUUGUUGCAAAAACUGCAAGUUCCUACCAUCAGGGGAAGUGUGUAGAAAGGAGAUCAGUGAAUGUGAUCUUCCAGAAUGGUGCAAUGGAACUUCCCAUAAGUGCCCAGAUGAUGUAUACGUGGAAGAUGGAAUUCCCUGUGGGGAGAAGGCCUACUGCUAUGAAAAGAGAUGUCAUGACCGCAAUGAACAGUGUCAGAGGAUUUUUGGUGCAGGGGCAAAGACUGCAAGACAGAUUUGCUACACACAAUUGAACACCUUAGGUGAGCGUGUUGGUAACUGUGGUAUCAAAGAUGCUACAUACAUAAAAUGUAAUAUCUCUGAUGUUCAGUGUGGAAGAAUUCAGUGUGAGAACGUGGCCGAAAUUCCCAAUUUGCAUGAUCAUUCUAGUGUGCUUGGGGCUCGCUUCAAGGAAAUAAUGUGCUGGAGUACUGAUUACCAUUUUGGGAUGAAGGGACCUGAUAUUGGUGAAGUGAAAGAUGGCACAGAGUGUGGGACAGAUCAUAUAUGCAUCCAUAGGCACUGUGUCCACGUAAACAUCUUGAACAGCAAUUGCUCACCUGCAUUUUGUAACAAGAGGGGUAUCUGCAACAAUAAACAUCACUGCCAUUGCAAUUACUUGUGGGACCCUCCCAACUGCCUGAUAGAAGGCUAUGGAGGUAGUGUUGACAGUGGCCCACCCCCUAAGAGAAGGAAGAAAGAGUUUUGUUUUCUGUGUAUAUUGUUGCCUAUUGUUUUGUUUAUAUUGUUCUGUUUUCUUUAUGGACUUUGUAAAAAGAAAAAGCCUACAAAAAAACAACAAGAUGUUCAGCCUCUAUCUGCAAAAGAAGAGGAAAAAAUUCAGCGUCAACCUUCCCAGAGUCAACCCCCUGUGACACCUUCCCAAAGUCAACCUCUGGUGACGCCUUCCCAGAGUCAACCUCUGGUGACACCUUCCCAGAGUCAGCCUCGGGUGACGCCUUCCCAGAGUCAGCCUCGGGUGACGCCUUCCCAGAGUCAGCCUCUGGUGACGCCUUCCCAGAGUCAACCUCGGGUGACGCCUUCCCAGAGUCAACCUCCUGUGACGCCUUCCCAGAGUCAACCUCGGGUAAUGCCCUCCCAGAGUCGACCUCCUGUGACGCCUUCCCAGAGUCAACUUCGGAUGACACCUUCCCAGAGUCGACCUCCUGUGACGCCUUCCCAGAGUCAACCUCGGGUGACACCUUCCCAGAGUCGACCUCCUGUGACGCCUUCCCAGAGUCAACUUCGGGUGACACCUUCCCAGAGUCGACCUCCUGUGACGCCUUCCCAGAGUCAACCUCGGGUAAUGCCCUCCCAGAGUCGACCUCUUGUGACGCCUUCCCAGAGUCAACCUCGGGUGACGCCUUCCCAGAGUCAAGCUCACCUGACGCCUUCCCAGAGUCAAGCUGGGAAACCAAAGCAGUCAGUCCCAAUUCAAAAAACUGUAUCCAGACAAGGUACAUUAAAAAAAUAA